UUUAAGGGCAGUCCUUUUAAUUCACAGCGCUCUGACUGAAGUCUCUCAUAUUAAAGAGGUGUAGUGCUUUUAUCCUCUCUCUCUCCUUCUCACACACUUCAGCGAAGAGGCUCGGCAGGCGGGCGUGUGGAAUAGAUCACAGACGCUCUUAGAUCUUCCAGCACGUGGAGAGACAGAGACAGACGGAAGCUGGAGGUCUGGAACGCUGGACAUCCUCACCUCGUCGUUGUUUGAUUUGCUCUGCUGCAAGGAGGUGCUGGAAGCUCCAUUCAUCACCACAGAGACGACAGCACUUUUUCCAGACUCAACAGGCAGGCCUUCUUGCCAAGACAAGCAUCCAUUAGUGCAAAAACAUGGGUUCAGGAGGCCUGACAUUCAGCUGUUUGGUUUUGUCCACCCUGAUGACUCUAAAUCAUGCCGGCCUGGUAAAGAAGAUGAUCAGACACCGGCGGGAAGCUCUGACGAUUCCCGGAAUACACAACGUAUCCUUUCCAAGCUCUUCUCAACCGGUCGUUUUUAACCACGUCUACAACAUCAAAGUUCCCGGUAGCUCUCUGUGCUCUGUGGAUCUGGACUCUCCUGUCGGUUCAGAUCUUGAGCAGAAGGAUGCGCCAUCUGGCUCAGAAGUAACAGACCACACAUUAGACAGCGGUAAUCAGAUCAUCUUCACCCAUAGCAUCAACAUCCCCAAGCAGGCGUGUGGCUGUACGGAGGGACUGCCGCACCUGAAGGAGCUCCUGAAUCGGCUGGAGAUGUUGGAGGGCGAGGUGUCGACGCUCCGAGAGCAAUGCGCCACAGAAACCACCUGCUGCAGCGCUCAGGCCACAGGUGCUGUAGGAACGAAGCCCUACUGCAGCGGCCGUGGAAACUACAGCACGGAGACCUGCGGCUGUAUAUGUGAGCCCGGGUGGAAGGGCCCCAACUGCACCGUUCCCGACUGUCCCGGAGACUGCAACGACCAGGGCCGCUGUAUUAACGGAAAGUGUGAGUGUUUCAAUGGCUUUGCGGGCGAGGACUGUAGCAUGGAGACCUGCCUGGUUGACUGCGGUGAGAACGGGCGGUGCAUUAAUGGAGCAUGUGUUUGCAAUGAAGGCUUCUCCGGGGACGAUUGCACGGAGACAGAUUGUCUCAACAACUGUUUGGGACGCGGCCGCUGCGUUGAAAGCGAGUGUGUCUGCGAUGAGCCCUGGACUGGAUUCGAUUGCUCCGAGCUCAUCUGUCCGCAUGACUGCUAUGACCGCGGGCGAUGUGACAACGGGACUUGUUAUUGCGAUAAAGGCUACACCGGAGAGGACUGCGGGGCGCUCGCUUGUUCAAACGAUUGCUCAGGACGAGGUUUUUGUAUUGACAGCCGAUGUGAAUGUGACGCUGGUUACUCCGGCGAGGAUUGUUCCAGCUUGACCUGUCCGAAUGACUGCAACCAAAGAGGGCGCUGUUUCAAUGGCGUGUGCAUUUGUGAAACGGGUUAUUUCGGAGAGGACUGCGGGAAGCUCUCCUGCCCAAAUAACUGCAACAGUAGAGGGCGCUGCAUUGAUGGUCAUUGCAAAUGUAAUGUCGGAUUCCAAGGUCAUGAUUGUUCGGAGUUUAGCUGCCCCAAUGAUUGUAACAAACGGGGUCGCUGUUUUAACGGCCAGUGCGUUUGUGAAGAGGGAUUCGGUGGCGAGGACUGCAGCAUCAAAACCUGCCUGUCAGACUGCUAUGGCCGAGGCCAGUGUGUGGAAGGGAAGUGCAUUUGCUUUGCGAACUUCGCCGGCGAAGACUGCAGUGAAUUGAGCUGCCCGAGCAACUGCCUCAACCGUGGACGUUGCAUCGCGGGGCAAUGUGUUUGCGACGAAGGCUUCACCGGAGAGGACUGUGGUCAGAGAAAGUGUCCCAAUGACUGCCUCAGCCGCGGACGCUGCGUGGAGGGACAGUGUGUUUGCCAGGAGGGUUUUGAGGGCCUGGACUGCUCCGUUGCCACCUGUCCUGGAAACUGCAAUAACCGUGGGCGCUGCGUCAGUGGGAAAUGUGUGUGUGAUGAGGGAUUUGUUGGUGAUGCCUGUGAAGAAAGAAGCUGUCCGAAUGACUGCAAUGGUGCGGGGCAAUGUGUGGACGGCCGCUGUGUAUGCGAUGAAGGCUACAUUGGCGAGGAUUGCUCAGAAGUCUCACCACCGGAAGACCUGACCAUUACGGAUGUGACCACGGAGAAGGUGAACCUCACAUGGAAGAACGAGAUGCUGGUGACGGAGUAUUUGGUUACAUACGUCCCGACGUCACCAGGCGGCCUGCAGUUGGACUUCAGCGUGCCUGGAGAUCGUACAUCUGCUACCGUCUCUGAGCUGGAGCCAGGAAUCGAGUAUCUCAUCAACGUUUAUGCCAUCCUCAACAACAAGAAGAGCGUUCCUGUCAGCGCCAGAGUGGCCACAUAUCUACCGCAGCCCAAGGGCCUGAAGUUUAAAUCCAUCAGUGAUACGUCUGUGGAGGUUUUGUGGGACCAGCUGAACUUUCCAUUCGACGGCUGGGAGCUCAUCUUUCGUAACAAGAAAGAAGAAAACGGGAAGAUCGUGAACAAUCUGACACCUUCCCAGACCAACUUUAAGCAACCUGGACUCGGCCCCGGCCAGGAAUAUGAAGUCACUUUGUCCGUCAUUAAGAACAACACCAGAGGACCCGAAACCAGCUCCACUGUAGUAACAAGAAUCGAUUCUCCGGGGCAGAUUGAUGUUGGUGAUGUGACAGACCGGUCUGCAGUGAUCUCCUGGUCCAGGCCCGGGGCUCAGGUGGACGGGUUCAGGGUGUCGUACGGGCCGAGCACAGACCUGUUAGUCCAUCGAGAUGUCGACCUCCUGGCCACAGACACGCAGUACAGCCUGGAGGACCUGGAACCAGACACUGAAUACAGAGUGUCUCUCAGUUCAAAGAGGGGAGACGUGACCAGCGAGCCCGUCUUUAAGAGCUUCACCACGGGUCUGGAUGGCCCCACUGACCUCAAAGCUGUUGAUCAGACUGACAACAGCAUCACACUGGAAUGGAAAAACAGCCGUUCAUCCAUUGACGGAUACCGUAUCAAGUACGGCCCGAUCGCAGGAGGUGCUCAUGGUGAAGACAUGUUCCCUAGAAGAGCUGGAGACACAACAUGGGCCACAAUUACAGGCCUGAAGCCUGGAACGGAGUAUGGCAUUGGAGUCACAGCCGUUCAGAAUGAAAGAGAGAGUGAGCCAGCGACCACCAACGCACUGACCGAUCUGGAUCCUCCACGAGACUUGGAAGUGCGAGACUCCACCGAAACCACCCUGGAACUGGUCUGGAAGAGGCCCAGGGCCAAGGUCUCCACCUACAGGCUAGCGUUUGUCUCUGCCGACGGCCGAAGGGAAGAAGUCGAGCUGCCUGCUACCACAACUGCAUACACCUUGAGCGGCUUGAGCCCUGGCAUGCGCUACACCGUCACCCUCGUGGCAGAACGCGGACGGAGGAGAAGUGCUCCUGCCACCGUCACCGCAUCCACAGAGGAGCAGAGGCCGCAGAUUGGCAGUCUGAGUGUGUCUGAUGUAUCUUGGGAUAGCUUCAAUGUGUCCUGGACCAUUGAGGAUGGCUCUGCCUUUGAGAGUUUUGUGAUUGAAGUGGCAAAUUCAGCAGGUCCAGAAAGACAGAACCUCUCUGUAUCUGGUGAUGCACAUAGUUUAUGGAUGUCUGGGCUCAGUCCUGACACGUCCUAUAUAAUUACGUUAUACGGAGUGCAUCAGGGCUCGAUCCUGGGGUCGAUCUACACUCAAGCAGCUACAGAUAGCGCUCCAGUGGUUGGCAAUCUGUAUGUUUCUAAUAUUACAUCAGAGAGCUUCUCCAUUUCUUGGAAUGACACGAGAGGAGAUAUUGAGAGGUUUAUCCUGGAGAUUAUAGACUCAUGGCAGCGGGAGCCAGUCGAAUAUAAUUUGUCACAAAGCACACAGUCGUAUGAAAUCACUGGGCUACGGCCGACUACUGACUAUAUAGCUUACCUCACUGGAGUCGUGAAGGGAAGGAGAACAGACUCCGUCAGUGCUGUCGCCUCCACAGAGGCAGAGCCAGAGAUCGAGCAGCUUUUUGUGUCAGACGUCACCCCUGAGAGCUUCCAGCUGGCCUGGACGGCAGAAGACGACGCCUUUGAUCGAUUCGUGCUCAAAGUUAGAGAUUCGAGCAAGCUCUCGCACCCUCGAGAGUUCGUUGUGCCGGGCGAUGAAAGAACCAAAGUUUUAACGCAGCUUUUGGGGGGAACCGAGUAUGAAAUUGAGCUUUACGGUGUCAUGCUGGAACAUCGCUCCCAACCCAUUACUGCUGUUGCCAGAACAGGCCUUGGAGCUCUACGGGACCUUCGUUUCUCUGACAUCACGGACACAACAGCUGAGGUUUCCUGGACUCGACCGCGAUCCCAACCGGACUCCUACAGAAUCACUUACAUCUCCGUCCAAGGAGGUACUCCUAUGAUCUUGACGGCGGACGGGUCACAGUCUCAGGUUUCGCUGACGAAUCUGAUUCCUGGAGAGACGUAUCAGGUGUCAGUUGUUGCAGUGAAAGGUCUGGAGGAGAGCGAACCAGUGCCUGACACUUUUACUACAGCCCUGGAUAUGCCACACAGCCUGAUUGCUGUCAAUGUCACGGACACAAAGGCGCUGUUGCUGUGGCAACCUGCCGUGGCGACCGUGGAUGGAUAUGUCAUCACAUACAGCGCAGACACUGUGCCACCGAUAUCAGAGCAGGUUUCUGGAAACACGGUGGAGUUUGAGAUGAGUUCACUGGCUCCAGCAACUCAAUACACUGUCAAUGUUUAUGCCAUCAGAAACCGAGAGAAAAGUGCUCCAGCAACCACAGACUUCACCACAGAUGUGGACGCUCCGCGUGAUCUGGUUGCCAGUAAUAUUCAGACAGACAGUGCCGUUCUCAGCUGGACGCCGCCGCAGGCCGCCAUCACUGCAUAUAUCCUGACCUUUGAAGCAUCUGACGGGGAUGUCAGGGAACUGCAUCUCGAGUCGUCUGCGACCUCUCACAGUCUGUCUGAUCUGAGAAGCAGCACUGAAUACACAGUCCGACUGCAGGCGGUCGCUGAGGACAAGAGGAGCACACAGAUCAGCAGCGUCUUCACCACAGCUGGCAUGCGCUACAGAAACACCAAGGACUGCUCAGAAACGCUGCUGAACGGAGAGACGGCCUCCGGUCCAUACACCAUUUACAUCAGCGGAGACGAGAAGCAGCCCGUCCGAGUUUACUGUGACAUGAGCUCCGACGGCGGUGGCUGGAUGGUGUUCCUACGGCGUCAGAGCGGCAAGCUGGAUUUCUUCAGGAACUGGAGGAACUACUCUGCAGGAUUCGGGGACACGAACGAUGAGUUCUGGCUCGGACUUUCAAAUCUUCACAAAAUCACCUCAGCCGGUCAGUACGAGUUACGUGUGGACCUGCGUGACGGACAGGAGAGUGCGUUUGCAGUCUACGAUAAAUUUUACAUCGCAGAUCCUCGUUCCCGCUACAAGAUCCAGAUUGGUGCAUACAGUGGCACCGCAGGUGAUUCCUUGUCAUAUCAUCAGAACAGGCCAUUCUCCACCUUUGACCAUGACAAUGACAUCGCGGUCACCAACUGUGCCCUGUCCUACAAGGGAGCGUUCUGGUAUAAAAACUGCCAUCGAGUGAACCUGAUGGGGAAAUAUGGAGACAGCAGCCACAGCAAAGGGAUCAAUUGGUUCCACUGGAAAGGCCACGAGCAUUCGAUUCCAUUCGCAGAGAUGAAGAUCCGGCCAGUCAAUUUCAGAAACUUGGAAGGCAGACGGAAAAGAUCAUAGACUUUAAAUGUCUAACUUUCUCUUUUCUCCAAAACCCCACACAUCUCUCAUCAACAGCCCGUCUCUCGUCACAGACAGAUACGAUUAAAACUCCUGAGUGGAACAUCUUUAGCCAUUUGAACUCUGCCUUCCAUGUCAACUUUAUUAGACCAGAUUUUUGAUAUGUUAGAAACAGCCGUGAUUAGUGGAGGGUUUUACAGAAACUUGGUAAAAACAGGUAUGUUGAAAUGUGACACCAGUCACGGUACAAGAUCUUCCUAUAACAAACCAACUUUUUCAGAAUGAUUAAAAGAAAUAUUCAAUGAUCUUGUGCAGUUUUUUUCAGAGGAGGAAGUGUCUUCGAGACCAGUGAUGUCAUUUCCUCCACUGAAUCAUUACCACGCUCAGGUCUGACAUGCGGUACACUCUUAAAAAUAAAGGUGCUUCACGAUGCCAUAGAAGAACCUUUUUGUCUAAAUGGUUCCAUAAAGAACCUUUAACAUCUGAAGAACCUUUCUGUUUUACAAAAGGUUCUUUGUGGC